AUGUCCAGCCCCGGGCUCUACAGUCCCGCGCAGAGCAGCUCCCCGUCUCGUCUCUACCCGGCCUCGUCGUCUGGCACGCCCGCCGGUAGCCCCUUCCUGCACCCAUUGCAGAUGCACAAGGUUCGAGAGACGCACAAAGCCGCCAUCGAACAAGACUACAUCACCGGGCGCAAGCUCAUCAACCAGUAUGAGAUCCUCGGAGAGAUCGGUCGCGGCAUGCACGGCAAGGUGAAGCUGGCUAGGAACAUCGAGACCGACGAGAAGGUCGCCAUCAAGAUCAUCCAGCGAUACUCGAAGAAGCGCCGGCUCACCCGUGUCAGCUCCUCGCCGGAGACGAAGACGAAGAGGGAGAUUGCCAUCCUCAAGAAGAUACGACACCCCGACAUCGUGGGCCUGUACGAAGUGAUAGACGACCCCGACUACAAGAAGAUCUACAUGAUUCUCGAGUAUGUCGAGCUCGGAGAGAUUAAAUGGAGGCGCAAGGGCACAUCGCAGAUCUGCGCGUUCGAGAGGAGACGGAUAGAGAGGGAGCUGCGCUGCGAGGAGGACGGCGGCGACGAGGAGAGGCUCUUCAAGAUGCUCGAGCGGCGCAGGAUCCGCAAGGAUGCACAGCGAGCGAAGCUGGCCAACCAGACGCACUCGGCCGACUUCUGGAGCUUGGAGCAUGGAGACGACGAGGACGAGUUUGGCGAUGUGACGCCGCUCUCUCGCGUACCGACGCACGAAUCGCUCUUCAUCCCGCGGUCCUUCCAGUCGCACACGUCACACGUGUCGCACACCUCGCUCGUCCGCUCGAACCCCAACUCGAAUCCGACCUCGCGUGCAGCGUCCUGCACGCCGUCGCGUACGAGCUCUACCGCGCAUCGCACCAUGGUACCGACGUACCUGGACAUUGGGCCGAUCGACAGCGACAAUGAAGACGACGAGCCAUGCCCCCUGCCGUCAACCCCGUCAACCCUGUCGUCUGCUACGGGAGGGUUUGGAAGCGCCAAUCCCCUCGCACUGCGAGACGAUGCGCUCGCGAAUCGUGCAAGGUCGCCGAGCAUGGCCGACAGUAUCAUCUCGCACAUGUCGUCGGUUGACGAUGUCACCCACAACGACUCGUUUGAAGAGGACUUCUCUUACGUCCCGUGCUUCACGAUGGAUCAAGCGAGGUCAACCUUUCGAGAUACGGUGUUGGGACUGGAAUAUCUACACUACGAAGGAAUCGUUCACCGCGAUAUCAAGCCGGCGAACCUACUGUGGACAAAAGAGCACCGGGUGAAGAUAUCCGACUUUGGCGUCUCCUUCUUUGGCAGGCCAACGAGGGAUGGCGAGCAAGGAGAGAAUGCCUCCGAGUCGGAUGAGACUGAGUUCGAUGACGACGUUGAGCUAUCAAAGACAGUCGGCACGCCGGCGUUCUUUGCCCCAGAGCUGUGCUAUACAGACCUCGAUACCCCACAGCCCAGAAUCAACGACCAGAUCGAUAUCUGGUCGCUGGGCGUGACCCUCUACUGUCUUAUAUUUGCCAGAAUUCCCUUCCUGGCCGAAGACGAAUACCAGCUGUUUAGAGCAAUUGCGCAGCAAGAUGUAUAUAUACCCAGGCGGCGGCUCAAGGCCGUUGACCCCGGAACCCCAGACCCGGACCAUAAGAUUAAGGAAGGUGAUUACAGGGCGGACGGAGAGUUGGUGAUGGAGGAUAUCGACGACGAACUGUUCGACCUCCUGCGCCGGAUGCUGGUGAAGGAUCCGGCCGAGCGCAUCAAGUUGCGAGAAGUGAAGCGUCAUCCUUGGGUCCUACGCGGCAUCGAUGACAUCAUCGGGUGGCUUGACGAUACGGAUCCAUCGAGGAGGACGGCGGGCAAGCGGAUCCAGGUUGACGAUCGCGAGCUCGAGCGUGCUGUUGUGCCUAUUAGUUUUGUAGAGCGUGCGAGGUCGGCAGUGAAGAAGGUGGUUGGCAAGAUUCAGGGGCGACAUAAUGGAAGUCGGUAA